AUGGAGACAACGCUUCCCGUCCCAUUCCUGGUGAGCGUUGCGAUACCACCAGGCCUAAUUGGCACAGAGGGUCUGAGCCGAGAAGAGGUCAGCUGCCUGGGCGCUGUCUUCUUCCAAGUCACCCAGGAAAACCUCGAGCAGACCCAACGCUUCCUCGCCCAGCACAACGUCGAUUCCCAGUCCUUUUUGGACGUGACUCAGCUCGAGUCCAAGGAUGAUGUCCUCGCCCUCCUCGACGCCGGUGCACGAAGGGUCUUCGUGAAGCCUAAGCAGCUCUCUGAAUAUACAGAGUAUGGGUCUAGAGUCGCACCGGUUGUUAGCAACAAGGCGACGGAUGCUCUGAGCUUAGCUACCGAGCAUGGUCUGCUCAUCACCGACUUUGACCACUCACAGCGUGAUGAGGUCAACCUGUUCCUGGCGGAGGCCAAGUCGAGAAAGGUGAAGAACCUCUUCGUCAGACCCAUCCAAGGGGCGACAUUGGAGCAUUUCGUGGAGGUUGCCGCUCAACUGGGUGCUGUCCCCAUCCUCCCCUCGACCGGCCUCACUACUGCAAAGGAGACCAACGGGAAGCUGUCCGUCUCCAAGAUCCUGUGCUCGACAUGGCGUUCAGACAGGCCAGACAGUCUCAUCCCGACUGUCGUCUGUGAUGAGAACGGUAUCGCCCUCGGGCUCGUCUACAGCAGCGAGGAAAGUGUCGGAGAGGCACUCAGGACGCAGACUGGAGUGUAUCAGAGCAGAAAGCGUGGUCUGUGGUACAAAGGCGCAACCUCAGGAGAUACGCAAGAAUUGGUCAGGGUAUCGCUGGACUGCGACAGUGACGCUCUGAAAUUCGUGGUCAGACAGACAGGACGAUUUUGUCACCUGGAUCAAUUCGGUUGCUUCGGAGAGCUGAAGGGUAUCCCGAAGCUGGAGCAGACUCUCAAGUCGAGAAAGGAAUCUGCGCCGCAAGGAUCCUACACGGCGCGUCUUUUUUCUGACGAGAAGCUCUUGCGAGCCAAGAUCAUGGAGGAGGCAGAGGAGCUAUGCGACGCCAAGUCGCCACAAGAUGUCGCUUUUGAAGCAGCAGACCUGAUCUACUUUGCCCUCACCAAGGCCGUCGGCGCGGGGGUCAGCCUUGCCGACAUAGAGAGGAGUCUUGACGCCAAGAGCUGGAAGGUCAAGAGGCGCCAGGGAGACGCCAAGGGCAAGUGGGCCGAGAAGGAGGGCAUCAAGCCCGUGAACGGCACCACAACCGCGGCCGUGACUGCACCAGCGACCUCGGCGCCAGUGCCUGCGUCUGGCAGGAUUGCCAUGAAGCGCUACGAUGUGUCUCAGCUCAACCAGGCGCAGCUGGAGCAGGUGCUGAACCGGCCUUCACAAAAAUCUGCCGACUCGAUCAUGAAGAUUGUUGUGCCCAUCAUCGACGAUGUCAAGAAGAACGGCGACAAAGCCCUCCUGUCCUAUACCCACAAGUUCGAGAAGGCUACCUCUCUCACCUCGCCCGUUCUCAGAGCCCCAUUUCCUCAGUCGCUCAUGCAGCUGCCUCAGGAGACCAUCAAGGCCAUCGACAUUUCGUUUGAGAACAUCAGGAAAUUCCACGCCGCCCAGAAGGAAGAGAAGCCUCUUCGUGUGGAGACUAUGCCUGGUGUCAUCUGCAGCCGCUUCUCCCGGCCCAUCGAACGCGUUGGUCUCUAUGUUCCCGGCGGCACCGCCGUUCUUCCCUCCACAGCCCUGAUGCUCGGUGUCCCCGCCAUGGUGGCUGGCUGCAAGAAGAUCGUACUCGCCUCGCCGCCCCGCUCCGACGGCAGUGUGACACCUGAGAUUGUCUAUGUCGCGCACAAGGUCGGCGCUGAGAGCAUCGUGCUGGCCGGUGGCGCGCAGGCUGUGGCGGCGAUGGCCUAUGGUACUGAGAGCGUGACCAAGGUAGACAAGAUCCUGGGCCCUGGAAACCAAUUUGUGACGGCGGGCAAGAUGUAUGUCAGCAACGACACCAAUGCCGGGGUCAGCAUCGACAUGCCGGCGGGCCCGUCUGAGGUCCUGGUCAUUGCGGACCGCGAGGCGAACCCAGCAUUCGUCGCAUCCGACCUGCUGUCGCAGGCAGAGCACGGCGUCGACAGCCAGGUAAUCCUCAUCGCCGUCGACCUGGGUGAGAAGGAGCUGCAGGCCAUUGAGGACGAGCUGCACGACCAGGCCAUGGCGCUGCCGCGGGUGGAGAUUGUGCGCGGCGCGAUUGCGCACUCUGUGACGAUUCAGGUCAAGACCAUCGAAGAGGCCAUGCGUGUGAGCAACGAGUAUGCGCCGGAGCACCUGAUCCUCCAGCUGCGAGACGCGGAGAAGGUGGCCGAGACGGUCAUGAACGCGGGAAGCGUGUUCAUCGGACAGUGGACGCCCGAGAGCGUGGGUGAUUACUCUGCUGGUGUAAAUCACUCUCUGCCAACAUACGGCUAUGCCAAGCAGUACUCGGGCGUCAACCUGGGGUCUUUUGUCAAGCACAUUACCAGCUCGAACCUGACAGCUGAGGGCCUGCGCAACGUCGGCGAGGCCGUGAUGCAGCUCGCCAAGGUGGAAGAGCUGGAGGCUCACAGGCGGGCCGUAGGCAUUCGCAUGGAGCACAUGAAACGGUAGAGACAGACAAACAGAGAGAGAAAAAGAGAGAGAUUUCUGUGUGUGAUCUAGAACGUAUCACGUCGAUGUCUGUUCAUCAAAUGUACAACAACGACAAAUUUGAACCAAAAAGAGCCUCUUUUCUCUUCAUCCAGACU